AUGUUGUCCCUCCUCCUCUUCGCCGUUGCGGUGGCCGCGCAGUGCACGCUACCAAACACGCCCCUCUCCUCAACCAUCACCGAGCCCUUUGGUAUCCAGGUCCAGAACCCGGCGUUUCCCGAAAUCCACAACCGCUACCUCUACCUUUGGGAGGCCGGCGGCGGCGACAAACACCUCUACCUCAACCCCGCCGGCGUUCCCGCGACGACGCUGACCCUCGACGCCGGCGUUCUCGAACUGGGGCCUCUCUUCGCCGUCAUCAAUGGCGAGCGCGGCGACCCUCGCGCCAUCUUCGCGCCCACCCACGCCUGCAACCCCGACACGGCCGCCCCGCAGAUCGAGCUCGCCUUCACGGGCCGCCAGACGUCCCCAUCAGGCGGCCACAUCUGCGUCCGCCUCGCAUCGGGCAACAGGCACGAGUUCCGCUACUCGCCGCCGCAGAACCCGGCCCACGACCCCUCCCGUCCCUGCAUCCCCGUCGUCCUGGCACUCACGCGUGACGUGCCGCCCGCGCCGACGGCAAUCACAACAACGACGACAACUGCCGGUCCCCCGGUCGUCCCGUCCGCCACGGCGGCGCCGGCUCCCUUCCGGGACGUGACGGCCCUGGGCUGGCGGUUCGUCGGGUGCGCGCCCGAAGAGGGCCCCGCGGGCGACGGUCUCGGACGGACGCUCGGCGGGGCGCUGCAGGCGGAUGACGGGCUGACGAACGAGGUCUGCGUUGCCUUCUGCCGGGGCCGCGGGUUCCGGUUUGCAGGCUCCGAGUACCGCCGUGAGUGCUGGUGCGGGAACACGCUGGCCGAGACGAGGGUGCCUGGGACGACGGUCGCGAGCCUGGCCGGGUGUCGGCUUUCGUGCGCGGGAGACGGGGCGCAGAUUUGCGGAGGACGGGGCUGGAUGAGUUUGUAUGAGGCUUGUGUGGAGGGGGCGUGUGUGAAUGCUGAGUUUGGGUCGUGA